AAGCCGAGUGCCGCGAAGCACGAUCUGGUUGUGAGAGAUCACAAUCUGGAGAAGCAGCGUUACACGGCUCCACAGGUACCUGCAUGAGCCUCCACAAACUGGUCGCACGCGGCACACAGCCUUACAUGAAUCCAAAUGGCGCCUCUCAGAAGACCAUGGCCUUGGAUGACGCCUUUGUUGCGAAAUGUGGCCGCCACCGCCUGCGGUCCAUGUGAAAGCAAGCCACCGCGAUCUGCAUUGCUGCCAAACUGCACGUCACUCGUCGCCCGCACUCUCUACUCGCCCAUGCUCACGUUGAACGAAGGGCCGAUAGUGUCCACUGUGUUUCGUUUGACGAGUGGUCCUGCUGGCUCCCGCUGUCGUCUUGCAACCUCUACGCGAACUUCACUCGGGAUGCGGACCGAGCGACAGACGAUACCAUCUUACGCUACACAGCGUCGGCAAAUGGUCCGUCGACCUGUCAAGAACAGCGGGUCUGACGGGUACCUGCGUCCAAUGCUGCAACAUGACACACCCAACAGCAUCAAGCGAAAUAUAUGGCCUCUUGCUCAGAUCCCCUCGUCAUCGAUCGGUCCAAUGCUUACACUCAUCUCGGGGGCUCCACUGCGUGCGACGACAGGGGAAGACAUUCCGUCUGGUAUUCACGGGCUUGCGCAUAUACGUCGCGUUAGCCAUCUUCAUGCGCAAACACAGUCCGUCCAACAUCCAAUGUGACCACCCACUCCUGCCGUUCGGGAAGGCACCUUCUCACCGCCGAGGGAAAUUGCGUAGGACGCCCAGGUUGUUACUUCCUCGAGCAUUCAUAGGCCAAUGGCAUGCAAACGCUGAAUCUCAACGAAUUUGCAUAGUGUGCAAUAUCUAGGUUGCCUGCGUUUCUGUAUGCGACACAAUCUGCGGGCUUCAUCAGGCACACUGC